AUGGCAGCAAGCAGGUCUGGUCGCUUCAAAGUCAUCUCUGCCGUCGUCCUCGUCGGGCUGUUCGUCACCAUCUUCCUCUACGCAGCAGUCCCUUCCAAGCGAGUCCUUUCGUACAUUCAGCCUUCCAGCGACAAAACAGACAAGAAGAAACCGGACAAACCCAAACCGCAUCCGAUAUACAAGCCAACACCCACGCCAGCGCCUCCGAUCGUCGACAACUUCCCUCUGGCGGUCGACGCCCGCGAACCGACAGAUCUGCCCCCAAUCCCGUCUUGGAAUGCGCCGCCGACACAGCACGUGCGAGAGUACACUCCGCUGCUUAUAGGCUUCACGCGCAACUGGCUGCUGCUUCAGCAGACGGUCGUGUCGUAUCUCACGGCAGGAUGGCCGCCGGAAGACGUCUAUGUGAUUGAGAACACGGGAACGAUGAAUGCGAAUCGCAAUGGCAACCUGACAUUGCAGAAUCCCUUCUAUCUGGACUACCGACGGUUGACGGAGGUCUUCGGGGUGAAGGUGAUCAGCACGCCAACGCUGUUGACUUUUGCGCAGCUGCAGAACUUCUUCCUGCAUACUGCCAUUGAGAACAACUGGGACUACUACUUCUGGGGCCACAUGGAUGUCGUCGCGCUCAGCCGGGAAGAUUGGGAUGAUGUACCCGACGAGGGAGGUUACAAGAGCUUGUAUAUGCGCUGUGUCGAGGACAUGCGCAAGACAGUGGAAGACGGCUAUCUGAUCGACAAGCAGAACCACAAAGGGACCUGGGCAAUCAGAUUCUACGCCUACGACCGUCUGGCUCUCGUCAACCGAUACGCGUUUGAGAAAGUCGGCGGUUGGGAUGUGAUGAUCCCGUUCUAUGGCACGGAUUGCGACAUGCAUGAGCGGCUGACUAUGAACGGACUGAUACAAAAGCCCGGCCACGUGGGACUUGUCUACGACAUUGCGGACACGUUAGGCGAUCUCCUGCGACUCUACCGCCGACGGCCAGCGAAGGAGGGUGAAACGGAACCAGCACACCUUCUUCCCGAAGACGAGAGGGGCUCGCAUGAGUGGGAGAAGUUGAGAGAUCGCCUGAAUAGUAUGUCGGUCAGCAAAAACAACGGCGACCGGAAUACAUGGCAGGCUUCGCAAGAAGGCGGACAGGGCGAGCCUUACUACAGAGACCCGGCUGGCUUCGAGAAGGCUAUUGAGAUGUGGAUGAAGUUCGGGCAGGAUGUGAUGGCGGAGAAGUGGGGACAUCACGGGUGCAAUCUGAGGGGGGUGGGACUGAGCGCGGGUGAUGAGUGGAGGGUGAAGCAUGAUUGGUAA